GGAAAGGCAAAGCAACUUCCAUAAAAAAAAAAAAAAACUACCGGUAAUCCGAGAGCCGUCUAGCUUCCCAGCUGACACUCUGCCACCUGUAUCUUCUUCCAGCACCAAACAGCACACAACUUCUUAUUCCCUUUGAAUGUCUUUUUGUUUGAGCUCUCAGAUUCAGUUGGAAGUGUGGAUAUGGUUUCUAGUGUCUCUCAAUCAGGCGCCGCGUGAGCCAGAGCCGUAAACUCGAGAGAAGAUUCGGUUAACGUUAGUCCGAGCAUCACUGUUUGCGUUUAUCGGACAUUAUUUCACUAUGUCGGGUGUGACGCUUCAGAGCAGCUGUCUGCGGGGUCUGGCUGAAGGUGACCUCAUGGACCCUGAGUUCCAGCAGCGUGUAGAGGAUGCGAUCGCCCUUCUCCGGCAGGAGAUCCAGCGGGAACUGAAGAUCAAAGAGGCGGCUGAGCGGCUGCGACGGGCGGUGACCAACCGCAAGAAUGCUGCUGAUGUGGACGGUCAGCUUAGAGCCUCCAGCCGAAAGCUGGAGCAGCUCCACUGGGAGCUGCAGGAGCUGAAUGCACGUGCUAUGGCCACACAGAAAGAUACUAUUACAGAUGAUACCACCUCUCCAGAUCCGUGCCACUGGGAAGAGAUCACAUCACCCUUGGGCAGCCGUGUCCGUACUUUGAAAAAACAACUUACCAUGGAGCUCAAAGUGAAACAAGGAGCCGAGAACAUCAUUCAGACUUACGCUAACAGUUCUGUCAAGGAUCGGAAGAUGUUGUCCACAGCCCAGCAGAUGCUGCAGGAUAGCAAGACGAAAAUCGAGUUGCUCCGCAUGCAGAUUGUCAAAGUCACCCAGGCCAGAGAGGGAGAGCGGGAGACCACACAGCCAGAGGGUCGCCCAUCUGAAACAAUUAGUCCACUUGAGCUGCGAGUGGAAGAGCUCAGGCACCAUCUGAGGAUUGAGGCAGCUGUGGCAGAAGGCGCCAAAAAUGUGGUAAAGCAGCUCGGUGUACGCAAAGUGCAGGACCGACGUGCUCUAGCCGAGGCUCAGGCCCGUUUGCAGGAGUCUUCUCAGAAACUGGAUUUAUUACGUUUGUCUCUGGAGCAGCGGCUUGGAGAGCUUCCACACGACCAUCCCAAACGAGCUGCUAUUAAAGAGGAGCUUACAGUGGGGUCCUCGCCUGUCAUUGGGCUGCAGAGAGAUCGGCUGCGCUCUUCUUCUUCAGCAUCCUCUUCGCUCUUCAAGCCAGCCAGCCUGACAGGGCGACUGGAUGUCAGGCUGAUGGGUUGUCAGGACCUGCUGGAGUCGGUUCCAGGCCGCUGUCGGGUAAGCAACAUGUCCUCCACCCCUGGAAGUCCCUCUGAGUCCAAAUCACUGAGGAUGAGAACCGGCCUCUCUACGCGCAGCACCAACGGCAAGACCACCAAGACUGAUGAGCUCUCAUUGGAGAUCAGCGCUGUAUUGAAGGUGGAUAACAAGAUAGUUGGUCGCACUCAUUGGCGGCCGCUGAGUAAGGAGGCCUGGAAUCAGAGCUUUAGCAUCGAACUCGAGCGGUCUCGGGAGCUGGAGAUUGCAGUCUACUGGCGAGACUGGAGGUCCCUGUGUGCUGUGAAGUUCCUGCGUUUAGAAGAUUUCCUAGACAACCAGCGGCAUGGCAUGUGUCUUUAUCUAGAGCCACAGGGCACACUGUUCACAGAGGUGAGAUUCAACAAUCCCGUCAUUGAGCGACAUCCUAAACUACAACGACAGAAACGGAUUUUCCCAAAAGAGAAAGGGAAAAAUUUCCUGCGGGCAGCACAGAUGAAUAUGAACUUUGCCACUUGGGGGCGUCUAAUGAUGAGCGUGCUGCCCCCCUGCAACAGCACCGUCACCGCCUUGAGCCCUCCUCUGCCCGGCUCUGAGACCAUGUCCCCUCCAUCUGUGUCCACGCCCCCUUCCUCUGGAGAUUCAGCAGUCGUUAAACUGAAUUUCAGUGAGGAGCGUCCUGCCAAGCCCCCCCGCCUCCACUUGGCACAGAACCCCACCACUGACGCAUCACUUUCUGGGACUCCUGCCAGAAUGAAUUCCUCUGAGGAUAACCAAGUUCUCAAAGGCAGGCCUGUGUCCCAGCCUACACAUCAGAGGAAAGAGGGGAUGCAGAUGGAGGACUUCAAUUGCAUUUCUGUUUUAGGAAGAGGGCACUUUGGAAAGGUCCUGCUGGCUGAAUUCAGGAGGACCGGGAAACUAUAUGCCAUCAAAGCCCUGAAGAAAGGGGAUGUUGUGACCCGGGAUGAAGUGGACAGCUUAAUGUGUGAAAAGAGAAUUUUUGAGACCAUCAAUGUGUCCCAUCAUCCUUUCCUGGUGAACCUGUAUGGGUGCUUCCAGACCCCUGACCAUGUGUGCUUUGUGAUGGAAUAUUCACCUGGAGGAGACCUGAUGACCCACAUCCACAGCAGCAUCUUCUCUGAACGCCAGGCUAGGUUUUAUUCUGCAUGUGUAUUACUAGGCCUGGAGUUUCUGCACCAAAACCGGAUUGUAUAUAGGGACCUAAAGCUGGACAAUCUGUUAAUGGAUUCUGAUGGCUUUGUGAGAAUUGCAGAUUUUGGACUUUGCAAAGAAGGUAUGGGACAUGGCGAUCAUACGUCAACCUUUUGUGGUACCCCAGAGUUCCUGGCCCCGGAGGUUUUGACAGACAGCACCUAUACCCGUGCAGUGGACUGGUGGGGUUUGGGUGUGCUCAUAUAUGAGAUGCUAGUGGGAGAGUCUCCAUUCCCCGGUGAUGAUGAGGAGGAGGUGUUUGACAGCAUAGUGAACGAUGAAGUGCGCUACCCCAGGUUUUUGUCCCCCGAGUCAGUCUCUAUAGUACAAAAGUUGUUACAGAAGAACCCUGAAAAACGACUGGGAGCAGGAGAGCAAGACGCCAAUGAAGUGAAGAGACACAGGUUCUUCCAGGGCAUAGACUGGGAAGCCCUGUUGGCCAAAAGAGUCAAACCUCCUUUCCUGCCGUCAAUUAAAGCCCCAGCAGACGUCAGUAACUUUGACGAGGAGUUCACGCGCCUGAAGCCUGUCCUGACCCCUCCGCAGACCCCGUUCUUCCUCACCGCCGAGCAGCAGGAGUUCUUUGCAGACUUUGACUUCUCGGCCCUGCACUGACUUCCACUCGAUUACCCUCAGAAGGGGUUGUGACAUAUCAAAUCUCUGCUUUCUUUUCUCUCUGUCUUCUUCAUCCAAUUAUUCUCUCUCGUCCUCCCUUGAGUUAUGCAGUGGAAUCGAGUGAAGCUGGCCUCGUGUCACCCUUUAAAAGCUGCUGUACGCUUUUCGUGAAACUGGCUGCAAAUGUGUGCUUAAGCUCCAAAGACAGUCCUGAUGGACUUUAAAACCAUACGAUCACCCUUGACCAGAACUGUGCGGCCGCCACUGUGAGUAAGCUCAGAUCUGCUCAGCUUUUAACUGCCCAACCCCGAUAUUCAAAAAUGCAUUUAUUAAUGUACGUUAGUUUUUGGGUUGGGUUAUACUGUUGAAAAAAGAAGUCUUCCUGUUACACUAAAUUACGAUGCCAAAAUAUACUUGCACUGUUGCUGAACAUAUAAUGAUUGUCAGAUUGAGAAGGAAGGACGAAAUGCUGUGCCGUUUUUAAGGAUUUCUGAUACAGUGCAGAUCUGUCUUAAGCUCUUUAAGUUCCAGACUGUAACUAUCCGAGUGUGUUCUCAGUGUUAGAUCAUGCAAAUUCCUCCAUGCUUAGUCUAUGUGAUGUAUGUUCAUGUUAAACCCUCACAUUUUGAUCUCUGGUUGUCCCUAAUCUGGAUUUGAUUUAGGAUUGGUGCCCCAGAUAAAUGUUGCUUGAUUUUGGACCAGUUCUCAACUUUCCAAACCGAGCUCUUUACUGUACUUGCAGAAGUCUUGUGACCUUCGGCUGCAAGCGGUGGCUUGCUCUGUCCAGCCUUUCUCUUUAUAGUCCUCCCCCUGGACAAAUCUAAGACUGCUGAAUUAGACUGCGCAUAUUCUACUCGAUGUCUUGGCAUGAUAGUUAGCACAUUAACUCACUAAGCUGAAAUUGAAACAGUUCAACUGUUUUUGCUCUCUGCAUCAUCUGACAGAAGCUCAUUACGUUGUUCGUUAUUUAAGGUGUUUGUCUGUAUUUUACUUUUGACUACAUCAGGCUACCAUUGUAUCAUUGUAAAUGUGGUUUACUACUGAUAAGUUACACUGUGAACAAAAUGACACUAAAAUAUUUAAAUGAAACUUGUCAUUUCUAUGAGCCCCAUGAAGGAUAAUUAAAUAUCUAAGUAAAUGUAACUGAACGGGAUGAAUGUAUUUUCAGAAAUAAAAUACAAUGUGACCA